AUGUCGUCAGCGCCACCCAAAACCAUAAUUGAUCUUCCGAUCGAACUCAUCGAGAUGAUCGGAAUGAAUCUCAUUGAAUAUGCUCCAUACAACGAUUCCGUCGCAGCAGUCAUACCGCGAUUACUGGUGGGGAGUUGCCAGGCAGUGUACAACACCCGUCUAGCAUGUCGAGGUCUCAGUAACGCUUUAAAAAAAGCAUUCCUAGAGGUCCUACAUGAUGUACCCUUCCAAUGCACUGAGGAGCAUCUGGGCCGUUUGACGCGGUUGUUGCAGCUUGCCUGGGUGUCGCAGUCGUUCAAACAGCUCACUAUCGGCGGUGCCAAGAUAGCCAAAACACCCAUACAACGAUCCUGGGCGGUCUGGAUACAGGACCAUCUGGCGGACGCUUUCAAGACAAUUCUCAGCAUUGCGCCUCGUUUGGAAAGCAUUAGAUGUGUCCCAAUCUUUGAGUCUUUUAAGCCAAACGAUCCCCGUGACGCUUACGACAAAGAUACCGCCGACGAAACUAUUCCCGAACGAAGGCAGGGUCCCUUUCGUUCUGUAGACAUCUUUAGAAAACUUUACACAUCGAUACACGAAAGCGGACACGCGGAAACUCUGAUGUCGCUUUUGUUAGGAUCCGACUCCUUGGGAACAUUCAGACUUGGAGCGCCCGGUGAGACAUUGUACCGCGGUCAGAUAAGACUCUCCCCGUUCUUGGCAAAGCCAUUACCUCAUCUCCAACACCUCGUCCUCGACUUGGGAUGUCUACGAUACGGCACUGGCAUUUCAAGUUCGACUCAGAUGCCAGUCCUCGAGUCUUUGACGAUCGUAUACACAACGUUCCUCGACAACAGCGAACGGAAUGUCGGACCGUGGCCGGAAGGAAACUUGGACCUUUUGGCAAAGACUCAACCCCGACGGCUCGUGCUUACCAGCUAUAGGUACGUCACUUCGUGGCUACACGAGCCUCGAGAGAAAAUUCUUGCUAUUGUCCGUGCAUUCAGCCACAGGCAAGGGCCACUACCGUGCUUGGAAUUGCGAGACAUGGAUGUCGAAUUGGAUUACCAUCGGGACGAACGGCCGAUGCCAGCAGAUACUUGGAAGUUCUCGGAGGACUUUCGCAUCGCAGAGUUCAAGAUUGCAAACGUGACGUGGUACCGACAUGUAAUCCAUCGUGACAGUUCAGAGCGCCGUGGCUGGUGCAAGACGGGUUGGGAACUGUUUCCUCAAAUUUGUGACGCGUCAGAUGUCGUACGUGUACGCGUGUGUGACGAGUCGGAGCUCAUUGAAGAAAGCUUUCUCGAAAGACCAUAUGAAGAUUUGCAUAUUGAUGGCAAUAGCACGGAUCAUGAUACCGAGACAGAUCGCAGCACCACCGAAGACGGAUUCGAUGAUUCAGACCGGUCCACAGACGAAGACGAAGAUGAAGACGAGGACGAGGACGAAGAUGGCGACGAAGACGAUGACGAAGAUGAAGACGAAGAUGACGACCAUGACAAUGACGCAAUGGACGAGGCAUAG